GAUUUCUUCAAUUUCUCUCUCUACAGAAUGCCUUCUGUUCUGUUUUUUCUCCUUCUUCUUCUUCUCUUCCCUCCCGUCGUCUUCCCGCUCAAUCAAGAGGGACUGUAUCUCCAGCGAGUCAAACUCGGCCUCUCCGAUCCGACUCAGUCCCUAUCUUCAUGGAACCCUCGGGACGACACUCCCUGCAACUGGUCCGGCGUUACCUGCGAUUCCGCGUCUGGCCUCGUCGUCGCCGUCGACCUCUCCGAUUUUCAGCUCGCCGGCCCUUUCCCGGCCUUCAUUUGCCGACUUCCCUCUCUCUCCUCACUCUCUCUUUCCAAUAACGCCGUUAAUGCCUCUCUUCCCGACGACGUUGCCUCCUGUGCAACCCUUCAGCGCCUUAACUUGUCUCAGAAUCUCCUCUCCGGUUCUAUUCCCGGCGCGCUUUCCAAGAUCCCCGAUCUCCGGCAGCUGGAUCUCUCUGGAAACAACUUUUCCGGGGAUAUUCCGGCGAGUUUCGGUGGGUUUCGGCAACUUGAGACGCUUAAUUUAGUUGAUAAUCUUCUGAAUGGAACUAUACCGGGUACUUUGGGCAACAUUUCGAGUUUGAAACAGCUUCAACUUGCUUACAAUCCAUUCGCGCGGAGUGAGAUACCGAGUGCAUUUGGUAACUUGACGAAGCUACGGGAUCUCUGGCUCGCUAACUGUAAUCUUGUCGGUCAGAUUCCGGCAACCGUUGGCGGGAUGGCUCGGCUUAAGAAUCUGGACUUGUCUAACAACAGACUCAGUGGGCCGAUUCCGGUGGCACUCACUGAAAUGAAAAGUUUAGUUCAAAUUGAACUGUUUAACAACUCGCUCUCAGGGGAGUUGCCUUCGGGAUUUUCUAACCUAACCGCACUGCGGCGAAUAGAUUUGUCGAUGAACCACUUGACUGGAACGAUUCCGGACGAGCUCUGUUCGUUACAGCUCGAGUCGCUAAAUUUGUUCGAGAAUCGAUUGGAAGGUCCUUUGCCGGAGAGCAUCGUUCGGUCGCCGUACUUGUAUGAGCUUAAAUUGUUUAACAACAAGCUUAGUGGGGAGUUGCCCGGUAAACUCGGCCAGAACUCCCCAUUAAAGCAUCUUGAUGUUUCAUACAACGGAUUUUCUGGCGGAAUCCCGGAAAACUUGUGUGCGAAAGGGACACUGGAAGAGCUUAUAUUGAUUUACAAUUUGUUUUCCGGAAGAAUCCCACCGAGUCUCGGAAAAUGCACCAGCUUAAGCCGGAUUCGGAUGAGGAAUAACAAACUUUCGGGUGCGGUUCCUGACGAUUUUUGGGGUCUGCCCAACGUGUAUUUGCUCGAGCUCGUUGAGAAUUCGCUCUCUGGGUCUAUUUCUUCGAUAAUAUCCAGCGCUAGGAAUCUCUCAAUUUUGAUGAUCUCACAAAAUCAAUUUUCGGGGUCGAUCCCGGAAGAGAUUGGAUCGUUAAGCAAUCUGACUGAACUUUCAGGCCAUGCCAAUAUGUUUUGCGGUCAAAUCCCCGGAACUUUGGUUAAGUUAAGCCUGUUGGGUAAACUUGAUCUAAGCGAGAAUAAACUAUCCGGUGAAUUACCAAAUGGAAUUGGAGCUCUGAAAAGGCUAAACGAGCUAAAUUUGGAAAACAACAGGUUAUCUGGUAACAUCCCGAGUGAAAUUGGAAGCCUACCCGUGCUUAAUUAUCUUGAUCUCUCCAGUAACCGUCUCAGUGGAAGUAUACCACUUGAAUUGCAGAAUUUGAAACUGAAUUUGCUAAAUCUGUCGAACAAUCUGUUAUCAGGAGAACUUCCUCCUCUUUAUGCUGAGGAAAUUUACAGAGAGAGCUUUCUGGGUAAUCCAGGCUUGUGCAGCAACGUUCCGAGUCUUUGUCCUAGAGUUGGAAAAAGAAAAGACCAAGGUAACGUCUGGCUUCUCAGAUCGAUUUUUCUUCUUGCUAUCGUUGUUUUUGUUGUUGGGGUCAUUUGGUUCUUCUUUAAGUACAAAGAAUUCAAGAAGAACAAGAAAGGAAUUGCCAUUUCCAAGUGGAGAUCAUUCCAUAAACUCGGUUUCAGCGAAUAUGAAAUAGCAGACUGCCUUAGCGAAGACAAAGUCAUAGGAAGUGGAGCUUCCGGCAAAGUGUACAAAGUUGUGCUAAAAAAUGGCGACGUAGUGGCCGUGAAGAAGCUAUGGCAGGGAGCAAGAAAAGAGGACACCAGUUUGGAUUCAGAGAAAGAUGGAUUUGAGGCUGAAGUUGAGACAUUGGGGAAGAUCCGCCACAAGAAUAUUGUAAGGUUGUGGUGCUGCUGCAACACCGGCAAUUGCAAGCUAUUGGUGUACGAGUACAUGCCCAAUGGGAGCUUGGGAGAUUUGCUGCACGGCAGCAGAAAGCGCGUUUUGGAUUGGCCGACGAGGUAUAAAGUUGCUUUGGACGCAGCUGAAGGCCUUUCUUACUUGCAUCACGACUGUGCUCCUCCAAUUGUUCAUAGGGAUAUUAAAUCUAACAAUAUAUUACUUGAUUCUGAGUUUGGAGCUAGAGUUGCAGACUUUGGAUUAGCCAAGUUUUUGAAUGCUGGCAAGGGCUCAGAACCAAUGUCUGUCAUUGCUGGUUCUUGCGGUUACAUUGCACCAGAAUAUGCUUAUACUUUAAGAGUAAACGAAAAGAGCGACAUCUACAGCUUCGGGGUGGUGAUUCUAGAGUUGGUAACAGGGCGGCCUCCAAACGAUCCAGAAUUUGGAGAGAAAGACUUGGCAAACUGGGUAUGCGCCACUGUCGACCGCAAAGGACUCGACCAAGUGAUUGAUCAGAAACUCGGUUCCGAUUACAAGGAAGAAAUCUACAGAGUCCUUGAUGUGGGAUUGCUCUGCACAAGCUCAUUCCCAAUCAACCGCCCGUCAAUGAGAAGAGUCGUCAAACUGCUGCAGGAGGCUGCCACAGAAACCAGGCCCGCCAGCGCCACUGCUAGAAAGGAACCCAAGCUUUCAUCCUCUUUUACCGAGUAUGCCUCUAAACAUUAAACUCUAAUUUAGUUAAAGCCUAAAGUUUUCUCUAGUCUCUGACUUGUAUACCAUUCUCUUACACUACACCUUGAAAAAGGCUAUGUAAAAUUGUUACAAAUUACUCUGAAGAAAAAAUUAGUGGGUUUUUGAAA